AACAAAGAGGAAUAAAGAUCCGGCGGCGGCUGCGCCCCUUUAAGGCUCCGAGCGGGGGAUCCCUUUAAGAACCGCCCCCUCUCCCCCGUCUCUCCGUCUCCGUCUGCGGCUCCGGGACUGGCCCCGGGGGGCGGUGAACCGGAGAGGAGCCGGAGCAGCAGGUGGAGGAUGGAGCAAUGCCUUGCUGCUGAGGGCCUGAGUAUUGUACGUGGAGGGAACAAACUCGUCAAUUUUGGGCUGCAUGUUGUGAGCUGGAAUGUGGGGGCUGCUCCUCCUCCUGAUGAUCUCAGUAACCUGCUGCAUUUGGAUUGUCCGGGACGGGAGCCGGACAUGUAUGUGAUCGGUUUACAGGAACUGAACUCGAAGCUCUCUUCGUUCCUCAUUGACCUGGCUUUCCAUGAUGCGUGGACCAUCCAGUUCACCAACUCACUGGCUCCACUCGGCUACGUUAAGAUAACCUCCAUCCGGAUGCAAGGAGUCCUGCUGCUGAUCUUUGUCAAGUGUCCACACCUGCCCUACAUCCGGGACCUGGAGACAAACUACACACGGACCGGUGUGUUCGGAUACUGGGUAAGUGAGCAGCGCAGGAUCGUGGGAGAUCUUCAUCGACACUGUCUCCUGGUUUUCUGGUUUGGGGACCUCAACUUCCGCAUCGCUGACCAUGGCCUACACUUCAUCCGGGAGACCAUCAGCAAGAAAUGUUACCACCUUCUGUGGGACAAGGACCAGCUGAACCGAGCCAAGAAGGUGGAGCCAGUGCUGAAUGGAUUCCAGGAGGGAGAGCUGCUGUUCAAACCCACCUACAAAUUCAACGUUGCCUCCAUCGAAUACGACACAAGUGGGAAGAAACGGAAACCGGCCUGGACUGAUCGGAUCCUGUGGCGGCUGAAGGAAGGUGCUGAGGCUGGAGGGAGCGAGCCCCAAACUGCUCCCUUGAAGAAGCCCAUUGGGGUGACGUUAAACACCUACGACAGCCAGAUGCAGUAUGGAGUCAGUGACCACAAGCCGGUGGUGGGCACCUUCUCCCUGGAGUUUGAGAAGCUGAUUACCCGACCCCUGGUGGAGCUGCAGCCGGUGGGAGAGUGGAAACCGGGACAUGACGCCGUCAUCUCCUAUUGCAUGCUGGAUGAGUAUCCCAGCAGCACCUGGGACUGGAUUGGCCUAUUCAAGGUUGGGUUCCGUUCUCACAUGGACUACGUAACCUACCUCUGGGUAAAGGAUGAUGAAUUAAUGGUCCAGGACGAUGUUUACCAGGUGUAUCUGAACAGUGAGGAGAUACCCAGCUCAGGUGGAGAAUUCCUCCUCUGCUAUUACAGCAGCAACAUGGAGAUCAUCGUCGGAGUCAGCUAUCACUUCCAGAUCGUGCCGGAGUGUUUGGAGACCCAGCUGGAGAUUGGGAAUGGAAUGGACAUGUCAUGUGACCACCCAGCUCCUGGUCACAUGGACACAUACUGAGUGGCCACUGACUGGAUCAUGUGACUUGUCUCCACUGCCCAUGGCAACGGCAGCACCUCAUACCACCCCCACACCCUCCGGAGCUCCCCUCCCCCUGUCCAGGGCUCCCCCUCCCAGCCCCAGAGUGAGUCCUCCUGGGCGGGAGGUGAUGUUGGAACCUGGUACACUCUGGGCCUGGCACACUGACCUUUCCAGCUCCUCUCCCAAUUCCCCAACCCCUCUCCUUUUUUUGAUAUAAAAAGUAAUGCAGUUUAACCAAUCGUGAUACACCUUUCCACAGGCCUGGAUAGUAACUGGGCCCAUCCUGAACUGGCUGUGUUUGAGGGGAGGGGUUAAUGGUUGGGAAAAGUGAGUGUACUCUUGGAGAAACCCUUUGUAGACAAGCCACACUGAUUAGCUCCAACGUUCUGUCAUUUAUUCUCCAUCUUCACUAUCCCGUCACAGCAAUAUGAUGAUGUUUUGUCCAUUGAUAAUCCCAAUGACUGGAUGUGGGAGGGUGGAGACAGGCUGUCACUGAUUUAUCUCUGAUUUCCCCCAUUAUCUCCUUCAUUAACUGUCUCUGCAUGACUGUGUGUGUGUGUGUGUGUGUGUGGUCUCUCUCACUUUGUGUGUGUGUGUAUCUCUCUCACUUUGUGUGUGUGUGUGUGUGUGUGUGUGUGUGUGUCUGUGUCCGCGUGUGUCUGUGUCCGUGUGUGUGUAUCUGUCUCUGCGUGUCUGUAUGUGAGUCUCUUUGUCUUUCUCUACGUGUCUGCGUCUCUCUCUCUCUCUGCGUCUCUCUCUCUGUCUCUCUCUGUCUCUCUCUCUCUGUCUCUCUGUCUCUGUCUCUGUCUCUCUCUGUGUCUCUCUCUGUGUGUCUGUGUGUGUGUCUCUCUCUCUGUCUCUCUCUCUCUCUGUCUCUGUCUCUCUGUGUGUCUCUCUCUGUCUCUGUGUGUCUCUCUCUGUGUGUCUCUCUCUGUGUGUCUCUCUCUGUGUGUCUCUCUGUGUGUGUCUCUCUGUGUGUGUAUCUCUCUCUCUCUCUCUAUCUCUAUCUCUAUCUCUGUCUCUCUUUCUCUCUCUCUCUGAUUCUCUAUCUCUCUCUCUCUGUGUCUCUCUCUCUGUGUCUCUCUCUCUGUGUCUCUCUCUCUGUGUCUCUCUCUCUGUGUCUCUCUCUCUGUGUGUCUCUCUAUCUCUCUCUCUAUCUCUCUCUCUCUAUCUCUCUCUCUAUCUCUAUCUCUCUCUUUCUAUCUCUGUCUCUCUGUCUCUCUCUGUCCGUGAUUCUCUGUAUCUCUCUCUCUGCAUCCCUCUCUUGCGCGUGCUCUCUCUCUCCUUCUGUCUGUCCCUGAGGCUUCCCAGGGAGCUCCCUGCCGUUAUGUAUCUGGCCUCAGUUUCCUGUGUCUGGUUUUUGUCGCCUUCCUGAAGGAAGGUCCUUGUUGUUAUUGGUGGGGGGAGGGGUGACA